AAUAACAAUAACGACACCCCCAGACCCUGGGGAAGCCAAUGUGCCUGUGUUUCUCUAGACAGCACCGGCCAGAGAGACUUCAUCCAAGGCUUCGCAUUCAUGGAAAGUGACGACGAGGAGGGUCUCGCCUGGCAGCAUGUCGAGGAUAUAUCUAUCUUGGCGCCUGAGGAAGAGGACUUUUCGACUGGUGCGACGGGCCGGAAUCGUGAGAGUGGUUUUAAGAAUGGUGGUACCUCUGGCUCUGGUUCUGGUUCUGCUGAGGCGGGUGGUUCGAAGAAGGGGUUCUUUGGCUUUGGCGCGAAGGGGAAGGGUUCUACUGGGAAGAAAUGA